ACCGCGCCAGAAAGAGCCUCUCCAGGCGGCGCCGGGCUGAACUCGGGGCCCGGAGGGGGCCCGGCAGCCUUCAUUUCCGUGCAAGCCUUUCCUGCCUUGCUGGACUUGCCCCAGGAAGCCGAAGUGCGCAGGGUCAGCUGCGGGUCGCGACACACCGCCGCCGUGACACGCACCGGCCAUCUCUACACCUGGGGCUGGGGCAAAUACGGCCAGUUGGGGCAUCAGGAUACAGCUACCUCUGAUCAGCCAAGAAGAGUGUGCUACUUUGUGGAUAGGAAUCUCAGCGUGCAAGAUGUCGUCUGUGGGCCAUGGACCACGUACGCCCAAGCUGGGGCUCCCGAGGGCGAGCCCGGCAAAAGCCCUGCAGCGCUCCCAGACCUCUGCGUCCUCCCGUGCAUUUCUCUGAAGACCGAGGAGCUUCCGAGAGCUUCGCCUUGACUCGUGGGCACCGGGAAGCCCUUCCAGAGAAUCCAGGGGUUUUGGCAGCAGCGCUUGGCCCGCCUUUCUACCUCAGAUUUGCUUUGCAGCGAGGAGGGCAAAUGUUUCUUAAGGCAGUGCAGCCAUGUUUACAUAUCAGAAGCACAACGUUAAAUGCAAAACGAAAGUAUAUUUUAUGGAGAGCAAAGUCAGACAUUAAGGAAACAGUAAUUUAAUUGAAGCAGUUCUUGCUGUGGUUACUCUUACAGGUCUGCAAUCAGCAGGAGCACCGCAGCAGGGGCCAAACCCUCACCCCAACUAACCAGGAAAAGGUGGGGGAGAGCUGCCUGGGCCAGCCCCAGGUCCUCAUCAGAACAGUACAACUCAUUUUCUGCUGCUCUUCUACACCCUCGAAUAAGCAAACAGCCACGCAAAUAAAUAAGAGGCCACUGUAGUGAAAAACGUGCAAA